UGAAAUCCCCACAAAACCAAGGCUAUGCACUUUUUACUGGAUUUCUUCCACACACGGUAUUUUAUCGUGCAUCGAUCUUCGUGCCUGCAAAACGCCUUUCUUUUCCUCUUUCUUUCUCUCUCUCUUUUCUCUUCCUUCUUCUUUGACCCCUAUAAAAAAAAAAAUAGGAAAACCAUUUCCAUUUCACACACACACAGAGAGGGAAAAAAAAAAAAAAAAAAAACCACACACACAAACACAUAGAGAAAAACCCAAAAAGCUUCCAUUUUUCCUAUUCCUUUCUUCCAAUUCUCAAAAAAACCCAAAUGUCCGGAACCCUAACCCUCACCGCCGCUACGACCCUAUUUUCCUUGCCGGAAAAUCGAUUAUCCUCCACCCACAAUACUACCCCAGCGUCUUUUACCAAAACGCCCUCCGCCGCUCAUCUUCGCCGCUGCAAGGUUUCUGCCAGGGCUUGCACCGAGACCCGACCCGAGACUUGUCGUUCUAGGGGUAGCCUCUACGAGAUUCUUCGGAUCAACAACAACGCUUCUCAGAACGAGAUCAAGUCCGCCUAUAGAAGCCUCGCUAAGGUUUACCAUCCUGAUGCAUCGGUUUCUCAUCCGGAAUCCGACGGCCGAGAUUUCAUCGAGAUUCACAACGCCUAUGCUACGCUUUCUGACCCGGCUUCUAGGGCUCUUUAUGACCUUUCAUUGGGUGCUCGUCGUCAGAGGAGACAAACGGUGUCGUCUUCGUCCUCGUCGCCGUUUGACUUUUGCCCGACCCGCAGAUGGGAAACGGAUCAGUGCUGGUAGAAUUUGCUCCGAUAGCGUCAGACUUUUUAACCCGGCGAUACAACCAGAUAUUUUUGGCCAUUUUUCUUUUCUUUUUUUUUUUUUUUUUUUGGUUUAAGUGGAACUAAAGCUUCUAAAUUUAGUAUUAUUAGCUAACAUGUAAUGUAAAUGCCCAAAAAAAAAAAAAUCACUUUUUAUAAUAUCAAUGUAGAGAGUUGAGAGAUAAAGAGUCAUGUAAAUUCUUAUUGUGCUAUUAAGAUUAUUCUUUUUGGGGUUUCUGAAUA